AUGUCCGUGUCCGGAUUGAAGAAGCAGUUUCACAAAGCAAGUCAGUUGCUAAAUGAAAAGAUAAAUGGAGCAGAAGGAACAAGGCUGGAUGAAGACUUCAUAAAAAUGGAGAGGAAAAUUAAUGUCACCCACAAACUGGUCCUUGAGCUUGUGCCCAAAACCACAGAGUACCUUCAGCCAAACCCAGCAUAUAGAGCGAGAGUUGGCAUGCUCAACACAGUCUCCAGACUCCGUGGGAAGGUGAAGUCUGUCAGCUACCCUCAGACAGAGGGCAUACUGGGAGACUGUAUGUUACGCUACGGCAGAGAGCUUGGCACAGACUCGACCUUCGGCUGUGUCUUGGUGGACUUUGGAGAGGCCUUGAAACACAUAGGUCAUGCCAGAGACAUGCUUGACAUCAGAGUGAAGACCAGCUUCACUGACCCUCUGCAAUGUCUACAGGACAGUGAACUGAAGGAAAUUGGGUACCAUUUAAGAAAACUGGAAGGCCGUCGCUUAGAUUUUGAUUACAAGAAGAGGCGUAAGGGGAAGCUAGCAGCUUUGGAGAUCAGGAAGGCCCAUGAGAAGUUUGAAGAAUCCAGAGAGCUGGCUGAGAGAAGCAUGCACUGCUUUCUUGAGAAUGAUGUGGAGCAGGUACACCAUCUAUCAGCUCUUGUUGAGGCCAUGUUAGACUACCAUCAGCAAUCCUGCCAAAUUCUCAGCGACCUCAGAAGCACCCUUCAGAGCAGGAUAAGUAGUGCAAGCAGCCGACCAAAGAGGGAGUACACGCCAAAACCUGUCACGAACACCAUGUGUUACAUGGAGCCAAAUGGAUUUUCCAACAGUUUGUCUUUCCAGUCUUCAGGUGGAUGUAACUCUAUCCUGGACCAGCCCUGCUGCCAGGCACUUUACAGUUUUAACCCUGAGAAUGCCAGGGAGCUGGGCUUUAAGGAGGGUGAUCUCAUUACACUCACCAACCAGAUCGAUGAGAACUGGUAUGAGGGCAUGAUCAAUGGCCAGUCGGGUUUUUUUCCCAUCAGCUAUGUCCAGGUCCUCGUUCCUCUGCCACAAUAA